CCCCCUUUAAGGAUGCCCUCCUCGCCCGCACUCUUCGCCCUGCUGACGCUGCUCGUCCUAAAGGGGAGCACCAGCCUGGAGGAGAAAAAAGUCAACAUGUUAGUGAUCCUACCCAAGGAUGACAAGUAUAUGUUCUCAAUAAACCGCGUGCAACCCGCCAUAGACUAUGCUCUGAGAGCCGUGCAGAACAAUGCCAGUCUGCUGCCCGGCUUUACCUUCAAUGUCACCUACCGGGACUCCGACUGUGGCAACCAAGCGCUCUUCAGCCUGGUGGACACGGCCGUGAAGGUCCACACCCCCGACGUGCUGCUGGGACCCGUGUGCGAGUACGCGGCGGCCCCCGUGGCCAGGCUAGCCUCCCACUGGGGCAUCCCCAUGAUCUCCGCCGGGGCGCUGGCCACGGGCUUCAUGCAGAAGGUGGACGAGUACUCGCACCUGACCCGGGUGGCACCUGCCUACACCAAGAUGGGGGAGAUGUUCCUCAGCAUGUUCCGCUACCACAAGUGGAGCCGGGCUAUGCUGCUCUACAGCGACGACAACGUGGAGCGGAACUGCUACUUCACCGUGGAAGGGGUCCACACUGCCUUCAAGGAGGAGGGCUACCACAUGGCCGUGCACAACUUCGACGAGGCCAAACAUGUGGACCUGGAGGACAUCAUCCACUCCAUCCAGAACAAGGAGAGAGUUGUGAUAAUGUGUGCGAGCAGCGAUACCGUCAGGAACAUCCUGCUGGCUGCACACCGACAAGGAAUGACCAAAGGAGACUACGUAUUUAUCAACAUUGAACUCUUCAACAGCUCAUCGUAUGGAGAUGGCUCGUGGAGGCGAGGAGACAAGCACGACGUUGAGGCAAAGCAAGCGUACUCAUCCCUGCAAACAGUCACUCUACUCAGGACAGUAAAACCCGAGUUUGAGAAGUUUUCCAUCGAGGUGAAAAGUUCUGUUCAAAAGUUGGGGCUGACCGAAGACGAUUACGUCAACAUGUUUGUAGAAGGUUUCCAUGAUGCCAUCAUCCUCUAUGCCCUGGCAUUACAUGAACUGCUGAAGAGUGGUUUUAGCAAAAAGGAUGGGGAGAAACUUGUUCAGCGGAUGUGGAACAGAACAUAUGAAGGUAUCGCCGGACAAGUGUCCAUCGACUCCAAUGGUGAUAGAUACGGGGAUUUCUCAGUGAUCGGGAUGACUGAUCUUGAAGCGGGUACUCAGGAGGUUAUCGGAGAUUAUUUUGGCCUUCAAGGAAAUUAUGAACUUCGACCAAAUAUUAAGACUCUGUGGGGAACUGGUAGGAUAAGACUCGCGGAGAACAAAGUGUUUGAACCCAUAACACCAUGCAAAACAUCAGGUGGCUUAGGAGAAUCUGCAGUAACUGGAAUUGUGGUUGGCGCCUUCCUCGGCACAGGCCUCUUAAUGGCUUUCUACUUUUUCAGGAAGAAAUACAGAAUAACUAUCGAAAGACGAAACCACCACGAUGAAUGUAACAUCGGCAAACACAGACAGCUGCGGGAGGAUUCCAUACGAUCUAACUUCUCGGCCGCUUAGAAAAUAUAGUGUUUUUAUGAAGAUGCAACCAAAGACAUCGUCACACACCAGAAGGAGCUCUCAUAGAUGAGGAGUCAAGUCGUGUUGUUUUUAUUUUUUUUUAUUUAGUUUUUUAUUUUCUCUUCAGAAA